CCCACGUCCCGCCCGGCUGAGCCUGGCGCGCCGGGCUCGAGUGGCUGUUCCUUCGCCAACGGGUGGCGAGGGCCCGGGGAGCGCGGACGCCGGGCGCGCCGGCCAUGGCUCCCUGGGCUGGGGCCGAACUCUCGGCGCUGAAUCCGCUGCGUGCCGUGUGGCUCACGCUGGCCGCGGCCUUCCUGCUGACCCUACUGCUGCAGCUCGUGCCGUCCGGCCUGCUUCCGGGCUGCGCGCUCUUCCAGGACCUGAUCCGCUAUGGAAAAACCAAGGAAGGGGGGCCGUCGCGCCCGGCCGCCUGUCGGGCCUUUGAUGUCCCCAAGAGGUAUUUUUCUCACUUCUAUAUCAUCUCAGUGCUGUGGAAUGGCUUCCUGCUUUGGAGCCUUACUCAGUCUCUGUUUGUGGGAGCACCUUUUCCAAACUGGCUUCAUCAUUUACUCAGAAUUCUUGGGGCUGCGCAAUUCCGAGGGGGUGAGCUCGCGCUGUCUGCGUUCUUAGUACUAGUGUUUCUGUGGCUACACAGCCUACGAAGACUCUUCGAGUGCUUCUAUGUCAGUGUCUUCUCCAAUGCCAUGAUUCACGUCGUGCAGUACUGUUUUGGACUUGUCUACUAUGUCCUUGUUGGCCUAACUGUGUUGAGCCAAGUGCCAAUGGACGGCAGGAAUGUCUAUGUGAUAGGGAAAAAUCUCUUGAUGCAAGCUCGGUGGUUCCAUAUCCUCGGAAUGAUGAUGUUCAUCUGGUCAUCUGUCCAUCAGUAUAAGUGUCAUGUCAUUCUCGGCAAUCUCAGGAAAAAUAAAGCAGGAGUGGUCAUUCACUGUAACCACCGAAUCCCUUUUGGAGACUGGUUUGAAUACGUUUCUUCCCCUAACUACUUGGCAGAGCUGAUGAUCUACAUUUCCAUGGCUGUCACCUUUGGUUUCUACAACUUAACUUGGUGGCUUGUGGUAACAUACGUCUUCUUCAACCAGGCCCUGUCUGCUUUCCUCAGCCACAAAUUCUACAAAAGCAAAUUCGUCUCCUACCCGAAGCACAGGAAAGCUUUCCUACCAUUUCUGUUUUAAGAUAAUCUCAGUUAUGAGGAAUGCACACCAGGUGACAAUUCCAAUUCCUAAGGACAACGAAGUCCAGAGACCAAAGUACAAUUUCUAUAGAACUGUUUGAAACUCUCUGGUCCAUUUCUGUUACCAGAAGUCUUCACUGCAUGAGCAAAGCAAUACCGCUCAAGAAAAUGAGUCUUAGGACGUCCCUGGCAGUCCGAUGGUUAAGGCUCCGCACUUCCACUGCUGGGGGCAUGGGUUCGAUCCCUGGUUGGGGAACUAAGAUCUCACUUGCUGCUCACCGUGGCAAAAUAAAUAAUUUUUUUUUAAACAAUGGAAGAAA